CCAAGGAGACCGGAGACUCCCAAACGACGAUGAUCACCCGCGCAAGCCUUCUAUGCAUGGUCUGACGCUGCACACAAAACAGAUCUUCCGCUGCACACAGCUGGUUCGACCCGGAAGCAAAAACCUUAAAAAAAAAAAAAACAACCCACAUUUUACACUUCUUCUGAGGGGCGGGAGGACUUGCAGCGUCGGGAAGAGCGGACAGCUUCGCGGGUUGCUAAGCGAUGAGGCGGUAGACUCCGGAGAGGCGGCGAGCUCGCGCUGCGCUCCGCCCGGGACGGAGGGCGCGUGGGGAGGCUGCGCCUGCAUCUGCCCCGCUCGGGAAGCCGGCCUGCGGGAGGAGUUUGAGGUGUUGCUCGCCUGCAGCAAGUCUAUUCCUUAUCCCACCAGAAGAGGGGGCUCUACACCACCGCGCUGCUCCAUUCGCACAGCGUGCAGAAUUCUUUGCCCUAAAGGACAGGGAUCACUCUGCCUUCAGAUGUCUUUCUGUUUGACUGAACUACACCUGUGGUCUUUGAAGAAUACCUUACACAUUCAGGAUAGAGACAUCGGUGUCUACCAGUAUUAUGACAAGAAAGAUCCACCAGCAACAGAACAUGGUGUCUUAGAGGAAAAGCAAAGGCUGGCAGAAUCCCGAGAUUAUCCUUGGACGCUCAAAAAUAGACGCCCAGAAAAACUUCGAGACUCACUCAAAGAGUUGGAGGAGCUGAUGCAAAACAGUCAGUGUGUGCUGAGCAAAUGGAGGAACAAAUAUGUCUGUCAGCUUCUCUUUGGUUCAGGUGUGCUGGUGUGGCUAAGCCUUUCUGGGCCACAGCUGGAGAAAGUGGUGAUUGACAGAAGCCUGGUGGGGAAGCUCAUCUCAGACACCAUCAGCGAUGCUCUUCUCACAGACAGUUUCAUCAUCUUAACAUUUUUGGCACAAAAUAAACUAUGCUUUAUUCAGUUUACCAAGAAAAUGGAUUCUCCUGACAUAAAUAAAAGAUUGGAAAAACUCUCGGCUUUGGAUUAUAAGGUUUCCUAUUAUGACAUCUCUGGGCCAGCAAAUAAGACAACAGAGCGUCAUCUGGCUAUUAAUUGUGCACAGGAUAUAGUUGUCUGCUGGUGGCCACUGGUCAGUGAUGAGGCUUGGCCUUGGACUCCAAUUUCUUCUGAGAAAGACAGAGCCAACCUGCUGCUCCUAGGUUGUGCUCAAGGAAGACUAGAGGUUCUGAGCUCCGUUCGCACAGAGGGGAACCCCCUAGAUGUCCGCUUUGGUGCGGGACAUCCGCGUCGGAUACUCACCGUGGAGCGCUCCAGCGGGGCGGACGCGGAGCCCGUGGCCGACAGCUGUGUCUACGAGUAUGUGCGGAACAAAAUCCAUUGUCUGUCAGUCACCAGGAUCCCCCUGCGAGCGAAGGCCAUCAGCUGCGGCCAGGACCCCAGUGAAGACAAGCUGGUUCUGGGCUGCGAAGAUUCUUCCAUCGUUCUCUAUGACACUCAUCGCCGGGUGACUCUCUUGGCCCAGGCUGAACUUUUGCCUUCAUUAAUAAGCUGCCACCCAAGUGGUGCCAUUCUGCUGGUUGGCAGCAACCAAGGAGAGCUGCAAGUUUUCGAUAUGGCUCUGUCUCCUAUUAGCAUCCAGCUCUUGGCUGAAGACUGCCUGCCCAGCGAGGCUCUGCACUUGAACGGAUUCUUCCACGUCCCCAGCAGCCUCGUUCACAUGCAGUGGGUAGCUCCUCCCUCCGCCCCUCAGAAGCUGGACAGGGGGGACAUUUAUGACCGGCUCUUCCUCAGGUUCCACAGAGGACCUCUGGGUGUGCUUUCGUUUAAACUUGGUAUCCUCACUCAAGGACAGCUGGGCCUGGUAGAUAUCAUCUUCCAGUACAUUCACUAUGAUGAGAUCUGUGAGGCAAUCAACAUCCUGAACAGCAUGAACUGGGACUCUCAGGGCCCACAGUGCCUUGUCAGCAUGAGCGCCAUUGUGAACCAUCUUCUUCGACAAAGGCUUACUCCAGAGAGAGAAGCGCAGCUCGAGGCAAGCCUUGGGACCUUCUAUGCUCCAACGAGACCGCUUCUGGAUGCGACCAUUUUGGAAUAUCGAGACCCAGUCAGCAAAUAUGCGAGAAGAUUCUUCCACCACUUGCUCAGGUACCAGAGAUUUGAAAAGGCAUUUCUUCUAGCUGUUGACAUUGGUGCUCGUGACUUGUUUAUGGAUAUUCAUUACCUCGCUCUGGAUAAAGGUGAACUGGCAUUAGCGGAAGUUGCAAGGAAAAGAGCUUGUGACAUUGAUGCAGAAUCAAUAUCUUCUGGAGUUGAUCUCCUGGAGCCACUGGACAGAAGGGAUAUGUUAAAUGAAGCUUUUGCUGGCCUAUCUUUAGCACCUGAGAACACAUUUGCAAGUAAUCUUCCUUCUGUUGGUCCAAAGCAGAGACAUAUUAUUCAGCAAAAAAUGCCAAAUGGCUCUUCUAACAGAGAGAUGAUUGACAGAAGGACUGAACAUGAAAAUAACAUCUGUACUGGAUCUUUGCUGAUUAGUUCCUAUAAUGCAGAAGGCGAACUGAAAGAAGAUUGCAGAGCACAGGAUGUUGGAGAUGGUGGUUCUCUUAAAAUGGUUCAUUUUGGUUUGGUAUAAAUUAUAACAAAGUAACCUCUACAUGGCCUGAUUCCAUUAUAGUUUCCCUGUAUGUAUUUUACUAAAAGAUGACAUAUGCAACAUACAACAGUGAAAUGAUCCUAAAUAAAGGUCAUUAGCCUAUUUAUUUGAAUAAUUACCAAAAAAAAAAGCUUUAUACUUUGUUUUCUCUACUAUUUUUAAUUUUUCCUCUAGUCUUAUUUACAUUAAUAAAUUAUACUACAAAAAUAAAAUAUUAGGCAAAACUUUUAACCCAGACCUACAGUAUGUAGAAAUUUCUCCAUGGGUCUUUGAGAUCUUUGUUAUUAACAAGUGACUUCCCCUCAGGGCACAGAUGCUAUUGCUAUGGGACUUAAUGCUUCCUAGGAGAGAUGUGAGCUUCUCUAUUGAAACAACUCAAGAGUACACUAGUGUCAUGAAUAAUUGCAAAAACAAAGUGCUAAUGAAAAAAGUUCUGAUGCUCUGGCUACUAUAUCUGCAAUAAAUCAUCCUCUGUCUCUAA